AUGAAGCGUACAUAUUUACUUCGUAGACCUAAAGACGACGACGAAGAAGACGAUUUUUAUUCACAAGAAGCAGUCAAAGCCCAACCAAUAGACCCCCAUUUAGCUCGUAAUUUAGGCCCUACAUUUGCUGCUGGGAAAGAUUUUGUGAGGGCUAGUCAAAAAUCACAGAAUGAAUUUUAUGGAAGUCAAAAAAUUGUGGAGGCGAGUACUUCUGGAGGAGGGGGAACUGAAAAGGAAUAUAGAGAAAUGACUCAUGAUGAAAGAAAUAAUUUGAGUGCAAGUAUUAUUAAAGCUGAAUUGAAGGGAGACAAGGUUUUCUUUUUUUUUUAAAUGUUAGUGUCUAUGUAGGGUUGUUUCUCGUCCCCAGAAGUCAGGGAACAACCUUAUUAGUGUCAAUCAUUUGUGGAGAUCGGUAUUUAUGAAGAGCCUGUGCCAGGGUUCAGGGUUUGAUUUAUUGACCUGGGUCGGAUCCUGGGUCUGUAGUC